UUUGACUUUGAUAAUAAAAUGAAGCCGAACCAUAGUGACAAUGAUAAUGAUGAAGUGAUUCAUUAGUGCUUCUGAAUUAAAAAUACACAGUACAAUGAAUAAAUUAAUUCAGACGAAUCCCAAUUAAUUUCACUAUUUCACUUGAUAUUUUGUGAAAAUUCAGAUUCAAAGUGAAAGAUACAUUGACUCACAUUUAUUACCAGUACAUACAGCAUACACAAUAUCAUCAUCUCAGUGAACAAUAUUGAAAUGUUAUUGUCAAGUGAAUCUUGGACUAAAAUAUUCAUCCUGUGCAAUUGUAGUUUUAUAGUGUUUGGUGUUGUUCUGUUAGCACUCGGAAUUCAACCACAAAUCACAUUAAAUCAAUUCAGAACUAUACUACAAAAUGCGAAACCAGAGAUCUUCCUGAUUGUCAGUAUUUCAGGAGGUCUCGGUAUACUAGGAUCAUGUGUUGGCAUUUAUGGACACUCGAUGAAACAGAAAGUGAUCAUAUAUUUUAACAUUUUCGUUUUGUUUAUCGUGACUUGUAUGUGGAUCGGUAUGGCAUUUAAAGUAGCUUUAACGGAAGACAGGUUCCCUAAGUUCGCUGAUAGCUCGCUGAGUUCUUCUGUUAAACAAUAUGAUAAACAAGUUGUUUAUCGAAUGGAGUUUGAUCAAUUACAAAUGAGUUUUUUCUGCUGUGGAGCGUCAUCGUACAAGGACUAUCCAUUUAUUGAUAGAGUACUAAAAACACCUGUUUCAUGUAUGUACAGUAAACUCGAAUUUCCCAGAGGAUGUGUAUCAGCGAUCAUUGAAUAUACACAAACUUAUCUAAAUCUAAUCAUGUAUCUAUGUUUCAUAUUCGGGAUUAUUCAAGCGGUCUACUUGAUAUUGUCAUUUCUGAGAAUAUGUAAAUUUGAUGGUGACGAUUUUCUAUCUGCAUAAUUGUCUUAUUGAGACCAAAUGUUAAGAAGAUAUUGAAUGGAACCUAAUCUCAAUCAAACAACCGAAUCAUUGACUAUUCAUUACUCAUUCUAUUGUCAUUUGAUCUUACUAAUUUGUACACCAUUAUACACUAUUCUUAUCAACUGAAUAAUCAAUUUCUUCAUUAUUUGCCUUGUUUAAAUCAACUUGUUACUGGGAGGUAUUUCGAAAGAAAACAAACGAACAAUGA